GAAAGUAGGAAACAUCCGCGUAGUAAAUUAAAAUCCUAUCUGGGUUUGGCUUAUGCCCCAAGCCAAGCCAACCCAGACUGACCACCCUCGCUCCCCUCCCCUAUAAAUCGAACACAGAACAGAGGCCAAGCCACCUUUGUUUAUGUGUUUUUUUCGCCACAAAAAUUCGAACAACUGAAGAUCAAAGAUAAUUCAAAGACAUCAAUCAAAUUAAGACAUGACAGGAGGAACCGAAGCUUUUCCGGAUUUGGGAAGGCACUGCCAGCACUCCGAUUGCCACCAGCUCGAUUUCCUCCCUUUUCAAUGCGACGGUUGCCACAAGGUGUUUUGUGUUGAGCAUCGGUCUUUCAAAUCCCACCAGUGCCCCAAAUCUGAUCACAACAGCAGAAAGGUGUUGGUCUGCGAAAUCUGCUCCACCUCCAUAGAAACCACCGGCCGCGACGGAGAAAAAGACCAGAAGCUCUUGUUAGAGAAGCACCAAAAGUCUGGAAAUUGCGACCCAAGAAUGAAGAAGAAACCCACGUGCCCGGUUAGGCGGUGCAAGGAGAUCCUCACGUUUUCCAAUACCAGCACGUGCAAAACUUGCCAGGUUAAGGUGUGCCUCAAGCACCGGUUCCCCGCCGACCAUGUUUGCCGGAAGCAAACGACGCCUUCCUCAUCGUUGUUGGUGGGUAAUGGCGUGCGCUGGAACGAAAAGUUCGUGGCUGCUUUUGCUUCAAGGAAAGGAAAAGAAUGCGGGAAGAGCGAGCGCGAUUCCAAGUCUUCAUCGACUACGCCUUCUGUUAGAGCAUAUUAAGAGAUAGCGUCAUCAUGGGUCGUCUGUUGUAAACGUCUGUUACUUUUUUUUUAAAAAUGUAAAAUCACUGGGAGGAGGGAGGGGAUUCGAACUUGGAUUUGAAUAAUUCCAACUUGAGUUUUUAUUAAACUCAAUUGGAGGGAGAGGGGAUUCGAACUUAGAGAUUUUACGAUCCAGUAUAAAUUUUACUAAUUACAAUUCAUGGGUUGAUCUAA